AUUUUUCAGUGAAAGUCAUAUGAAAUCCAAUUGAACUUUAAGUGACAUUUGAUUUGAUAUAUAAAUUAAAAACAUUUAUUAAAGCAUUCAAUGAUUUUCAUUGAAAUACAGUGUCAUUAAUAAGCAGUCAUUAAGUGAGUGAUUGUCGACUCAAACGCAUUGCAAAUCACUUGUCGUUUGUGUCCACUAUUUGUGUCACAACUGUUGUCUCAAUUUAGACACUAAAUCGCCGCUAAUUUUAAGAUAAAAGAUGGAAACGAAGUUAAUUUUGUCAAUAAUUAUGAAAUUAUUAUUAAUGCAAACAUUAAGAAUAAAAUCAGAAGAAAAUGUUAAACAUGAAGGAAGUUGUCAUUCAAUGUCACGAAAUAGUGACAAAAGUCAGGAAAAAAGUCAUGAAUUUAGUAAUCAUAAGGAAAGUGAAAGUUUUUGUACGAAAAGAAAUACAGAUAAUAUGGUUGUCAUAAAAGGCAAUACUUUUACAAUGGGUACAAACGAACCGGUAUUUGUGGCCGACGGAGAGGGACCCGCAAGAAAUGUCACAAUUCAUACAUUUCUUAUGGAUAUUACUGAAGUCAGUAACAGACAGUUUAGACAAUUUGUUGAAAAAACCAAUUAUGUGACCGAAGCUGAAGUUUUUGGCAAUUCAUUUGUUUUUGAGAACUUAUUAAGUGAUUUUGUCAAACAAAAUAUAACACAAUCGGUGGCAGCAGCACCCUGGUGGCUUCCCGUUAAUAAUGCUAAUUGGAGAACACCUGAAGGCAUUGAUUCAAAUUUAGACGAGCGAUGGGAUCACCCGGUAGUACACGUCUCGUGGACUGAUGCUAACAGUUAUUGCAAUUGGAAAGGACUUAGACUUCCGACGGAAACUGAAUGGGAAUAUUCGUGUCGAGCGGGCCUUAAAAAUAGACUGUUUCCGUGGGGUAACAAAUUAAAACCAUUUGACAAACAUUAUGCUAAUCUAUGGGACGGAGAAUUUCCUAAUCAUAAUACUGGAGAGGAUGGGUAUAUAGGAACAGCACCAGUUGAUGUUUUUCCUCCAAAUAAAUUUGGAUUAAAGAAUAUUGUAGGAAACGUUUGGGAGUGGACAGCCGAUUGGUGGACAACUAAACACAGUAUUGAACCGUCAACUGACCCAAAAGGCCCGGAAUCGGGAACAGAUAGAGUGAAAAAGGGUGGUUCCUUUAUGUGCCAUAAAAGUUAUUGUUAUAGAUAUAGAUGUGCUGCCAGAAGUCAAAACACACCGGAUUCAUCUGCAAGUAAUCUAGGAUUUAGAUGUGCCGCUGAUUAUCAAAAUGAUUGAUUGCAUUAAAUGUUUGCUAAAUUGUUAUAAAUGCUUAUAAUUUAUUUUAUAAAUUUUUU